AUGUAUGAACGGCGCUGCUGGUUCGCGUUCGCAGGCGGACGCGAGUUCCCGGCCGUCCGGCUGCAGACGGGGAGGAUGGCGACCGUGGAGAGCCACCUCGACACCGGCUUCAAUGGCCUCCCGACCCUCCGGCAGCUGACUCUGUCUCUGCACAUCAAGCUCCGGCGAGUAUCCCCGUACACGCCCUUACUCAGCUAUGCCACCGAAGACUCCGACAACGAAAUCCUCAUUGAACUGGCUCUUCAAGAGAAGGCGAUCAAUGUCAUCUGCUGCGGCGAGCUGGUCUUCGAGGUCGUCAACGCCACCAUCGAGUUGUACAAGUGGCAGCACAUCUGCGUGUCCCUGGACCUCUCCGCCCGCACUCUCCGGGUCCUCUUCGACAACGUGGUGGGUCGCGCCUCGGCCUUCCUCGCCUGCCCUCGUCCCCCGUCCGCUUCGGUGCACACGAGGUCACGCCCGGCCAUGGUGUUCUCAGAAUAUACCGAAAAUGCAUCAAAAGAUGACGUUUACAGCGGAUCAAACAACCUGCUGGUUUACGAGGAGGAGCACACGCUCACGUUCAGAUGCCACUUCGACCUCCAGAUGUACCCGUUCGACCGACAACGCUGCUCUAUAAUAUUCAAGAUUCAAGAUCUGACUGAGGAACUAUGUAUCCUUGUAAAGGACGGCCCUGGAGUGGUGUUUCUGGGCACGCGCCGCCUGCUGGAGUACUACCUCAUGGCCGAGACCUUCUCCAACUUCACCCAGGACGCCGUAAGCCAUGUCAAGGUUGAGCUGGAAUUCAAAAACCUGUACAGGUAUUAUUUGGGCAACACGUUCCUACCGACCCUCAUGCUCGUCAUCAUCUGCUGCAUCACGCUCUGCUUUGAUUUAGCGGACUUUCAGGAUCGCAUCAUGAUUUCCCUGACGUCGCUGCUUGUCCUGGCGACCUUCUUCGUGCAGACGAGCCAAAGCAUCACCAAGACGUCUUACCUGAAGCUAAUCGACGUGUGGUUCGUGGCGCUCAUCUGCGAGGACUUCUUCAUCAUCGUGGGAUUGGUGAUUGUCGAAUCGCUCCGCAUGAAGCAGCUCGAGCCGAGGCUGAAAGAGGUGAAGCCCUUCCUGGCCUUCGGGGAGAAGCCCAAGGUAAACACGGCAGCGCGAGUCAAUGCGGCCAUGCUGGUCUUCUUCACCGGCUCGCUCCUUGUCAUGCUGGCCUGCUUCGUGCCCGUCUGCUUCAACAGCCUCAACACGGCGCACUGAAGCGGGAGCAGGCGCCGGAACAGCCGCUCCCGGCGCAGGAUGAAGGGUCAAGUCCAAGGUGUAUUCAUGAAGAUUAAAAAUAUGGUAGUUUAGGGAUGUCACCAAAAAUGUGCACCGUAUACACACACAC